CCCCCGUUCCCUCCCUUUCUCUCCCCUCCCUCCUCCUCCCUCAAUUUUUUCCUCCGUGAGCGCUCCCUCCAUCCGUCUCCCCGCAGCGCUUCGCUCCUCUGGGCAUGCUACAUAAGCCAAAGUAUGGCCGCUUCCGCAACGACUCGGUGACCUCCUCCGACGACCUCAUGCAGAGCAUCGCCAUGAGUGGCAAAGUGGUGGCCACUCCGGUUGUACCGUCUCUUGGCCCCACUGGCCUCCCACUGCCCCCCCUGGACCGCGCUCACGAAGCGUCCGCCUCCUCUGCCUCCUCCUCCUCAGCCCAGGCGCUGGCUGACUCGCCCUGCCUGGACGGGGAGCAGGAUGGCACCACCACUUUCUGCAUGCUCAUCCCCAGGAUGCCCCAGUGGAAGUUCUCCAACUCGCUGCUCAGCCGCAGCCCCUCCAGCUCUAGCUCCAGCUCGGGUGGCAGCAAGGACUCAGGCAGGGGGGCCGCGGCCCGGGAUGGUGCCUCAGAAUCGGGUGGCGGUGGGGGAGGAAGUAGGGGUGCUGGCGGCGGAGGUACUUCGGCCAUCCUCGGCCCUGUGGCAAGCCUGGCCGCCGUCCUGAACUCCUGUGACACUGUUUGUGUCACCCCUUGUUCCCUCCAGGCCCUGGGCAGGCAUAGGGCCUCCUCUGGCAGCCCCAGCUCCAGGGGUUCCAACAUGGGUGCAGAGGCCUCGGGGAGCCCUGGGGGUCCCAGCGGAUCCAGGACCGGGAGCCGACGGGCAAGGCUGGAGGGUAUGUGGCUAGGUGGGGAGGACCUCAGCCAGAAGGGCGGCUUAAUCCACAAGCCGUCUCAGGGGUGGUUGCACCCCGACAAGAAGAUCACCAGCACAGGGGCUAAUUACAUUGUCAGGUACAUGGGCUGCAUUGAGGUCCAGAAAUCUAUGCGCUCCCUGGAUUUCAACACGCGGACUCAGGUGACCAGGGAGGCAAUCAACAGGUUAUGUGAAGCUGUACCUGGAGGAAAGGGUGCCUGGAAAAAGAAGAUUGUGAACAAGGCCCUGCAGUCUAUCAUGGGGAAGAGUAACCUGCGUUUUGCUGGCAUGAGCAUCGCUGUCAACAUCUCCAUAGAGGGCCUCAGCCUCAUCAUCCCCACCACACGGCAGGUUAUUGCACAUCACCCUAUGCAGUCCAUUUCCUUUGCUUCCGGUGGAGACACGGAUACACCGGAUUACGUCGCUUACGUGGCCAAAGACCCUGUCAAUCAAAGAGCAUGUCAUAUCCUGGAGUGCUGUGAUGGGUUGGCUCAGAAUGUCAUCAGUACCAUCGGCCAAGCCUUUGAGCUGCAGUUCAAGCAGUACCUACAUAGCCCACCCAAAGCCAUUCACACCACAGAGAGAAUCAUCCGAACAGAGGAGUCUGCGUGGGGUGAUGAUGAUGAGACAUCGGAACAUGACUACUACAACAGCAUCCCCGGGAAGGAGCCUCCACUGGGGGGCGUAGUUGACUCCAGGCUCCGCCACACCCCUAGCCAUGCUCAGAGCAGAACGUCACAGAUGGGCUCUCCGAGCAGGAGAGACACUGCCGUCUCUGCUGCCCUUCCUGCAUCUCAGCUCUGCAGUGAACUGCACUGGGACACAGAGACCAAUGGCGGCUCAGGAUUAACCUCAGAUGGGUACCUGCGAGCUGAUGGCCACCCCCCUGGAAGUCGGGACUAUGAGGAGCACCUGUAUGUCAACACACAGACCUUGGACAGCCUGGAGAACGCUGCCAACGGUGGGAGAGGGGGCAGGGGACCAGAAAGCCCAAAGAAAGAUAUUUUUGAUAUGAGGCCAUUUGAGGACGCGCUGCGUCUGCAUGAGGCGGCGGGCGUGUGUGUGUUGGAGGACUGCUGGCCGAGCCCGCCCCGGCGCCGGGCUCCCGUGGCUCCCACGGAGGAGCAGCUGCGCAAGGAGGCCUGGUACCACGGGCGCAUGAGCCGCCGCGACGCCGAGAGGCUGCUGGUGCGCGACGGCGACUUCCUGGUGCGGGACAGCGCCACCAAUCCCGGCCAGUACGUGUUGACGGGCAUGCACUGCGGCCUGCCCAAGCACCUGCUGCUGGUCGACCCAGAGGGAGUGGUUCGCACCAAAGAUAUGCUGUUUGAGAGCAUCAGUCACCUGAUCAACUACCAUCUACGCAAUGAGCUGCCCAUAGUGGCAGCCGAGAGUGAGCUACACCUGCAGCAGGUGGUCUGCCGCAAACACUGACCCCCCCCCCCCCACGCUGCGUCUAUCCCACACUGGUGACAGAGGUCCUCCGCACUCCUCCCAGUGUCUUUGAGAAGCUUCAAGUUCUAAACACAAAGACUAUUAGCCUGCAAAGGCUUAACACAAAUACACGCACACACACACACACACACACACACGCACACUUAAAGAUUUGGCUAAAGCUGACUAACUCAGAAGGAUCCUGCAAAGUGUGCGUCUCUACAUCCAGACUGUUGCCAGGCUACCUAGAAAAAUGGAAAGAUCUGUUUCUGGAAAUAUAAAUGGUCAGUUCCUAGAAAUUUCUAAACCAUUUUAUUAAUUCAUACUUCCAUUGCCAGAGACAUUCCAUUGUGUGAUUAAAUCAUUCAGUUUUACAGAUAACAUGUGAUGGCUGCCAUUGUAGCUGCUUGCCAUGAAAACCAAUGGAUUGAUGGACAUUGACAUUAGUCAGUGAGCAACAAACGCAUUCUUGAUGUUAUUCUUGCAGUAUGUGCAUUACUCCGACAAAGUCUACCUGUGUUGAAACAGCUCAGGAUGCUAGUUUUAAUGUUGGCUUGAUCCUCUUGGGUGGUCUUGGGCUGAACGUGUUUUAACUCAUUGUAGAGUUGAUUACUCUUUUUCCCCCAUGAUAAAACACGAGGAGGCUCUUGGUUUAUCAGUAAAUCGACCCUGUGUUAUCAUUUAAUUAAUUUAAUAACUUCUAACAGUUAGCGUCAGGACCAGACUAUCAAUUAGAAGUUUUAUUAUUAUUCUUCAAACAUUAUUUUCUCUCCUGAUGAACCUCAUUAUGUCAGUGUUCUGCUGCAGUCUCACUCACCUCCAGGGAGCUCUAUUUCAUAUUUAACAGAUCAGAAACAUUAAAAGGACAUUACCGACAUGACUUCAUCUUGAAGCUCUAGCACACUGACUGUCUUUUUCACUUCCUGUUCACACUCUUGGUCAUGUUCUGCUCGUAGUGCAGGUCCCCAGGUGACCCAGCUUUCCUGUUAAACAUUCAGGGCUUCCUGUUCUUGGUUUAACCCUUUUCCAGUACCUCAACUAAUCUACUGCAGUACUGUGGUGUAUAAUUAGACAGAGCUAGUAAGUCUAGCUUGUCUGAAACUAAGUGCUAUGCUCAGUAAAACAGCCAUGCCCAGUGUUCCCAAUGCAGCGGCCACAUAUAGACUGCUGUAUAGACUCCUAUUGAUUCACUCAAGUGUUAAAAUAGUCCAGUGCCUUACUUACACAUAGGGUAUGUUUUUGCUGAACAUCAGUUGUUAGAUCCUCUGUGCUGCUCAUGAUGGUGAUGUGAAGGUUCUCUUAAUAGGUGACUCCAAUCAUUUAAGUGAUUACAAGUAAAGGGAGAACUGAUAAUUCCUAAAAGUUGUUUAUUGUGUGCUGGAUUAUGGCUACACUAUGACCAUGGAGAUUAAUCCAUAAAGGCACACAGUCAGAUCAGUCACAUGCACACACACACACACACCAUUGAAGUGCACCACCCUUUUAUCACUUUUCCUUCGACUCCUUCCUUUGCUUUUCUGAGGAGCUGCAUCACCUGUGGCAGCAUGUUCCAUCGAACCAGAGAGCGAGUGAUUGGUCACAGUCCUGUAUGAUUGAUCAGUUAUGGGUGUGUCAGUUUGCAUGUGUGUGAGCGAAUGAGGCGAAUGGGGUGGUCUCUCUGUGCAACAUCCGCGUUCUUUCAGUGAAGCACAGAGAUGAGAGAGACCAUAUACUGAAAGACAAAGUCAGAUGUUUAUUUCUAUUUGCUUUUUCAGGACUCUCUUGAAUCUGCUCCCCUUCCAACUCAAGGUCUUUUCAAUAAAAGGAUGUCAAAAAAGAA